AGUGCGAGGAGACAGUUCACCCAGGGCGCAGCAUCCAGACGACAAAACAAUGGUGGAGUACUCAGCUGCAGCAACUGAUGUGGAGGCCGGCGUUGAGCAGAAGAUGGCGGUUUUGGUGGAAAAGAAAAGAUCCAUUGGCUGGAUGUGGAAGAUACUUGUGGUCCUGGUCUUGGCAGCCCUCUGUUUAGGAGGCGCCCGGCUCUUUGUUUGGUAUUGGAGUGAAAGGCCAGAAAUAAUGAGUCCUACAGAGCUGCCAGAAACACCAACUGCAGAAAGCUCUUUCCACAAAACAGAUCCUCAUCACUCUCUGAAACAAAUCAGCAGCAACUCCAAGGCGGCCAUCCAUUUACAAGGUCUUGAGGAAAACUCUGUGCUGAAGUGGGCUGAUGACGAAGGCCAUGCGUUCUCUCGUGGCGGUCUCAAAUUAGUGAACAACGAAAUUAUCAUCCCCAGAGAAGGCUUGUACUUUGUCUACAGUCAGGCAUCAUUCAGGGUGUCCUGCGGUGACAGCGACACAGAGGGAACGUCAAAAAACCCCACACACCUUAGCCACAGGAUCCAGCGCUUCUCAAAAUCAGUGGGAGGAAAAACUUCAGUGAUGAGCGCACUGAGGUCAGUCUGUCAAACCGGUGCACAGGUCGCCGGCAGCGCCGAGCACAACUGGUACAACGCCAUUUACCUGGGCGGCGUGUUUAGCCUGAACCAAGGAGACAGGCUGUGGACAGAAACCAGACCACUGUUGGAGCUGGAGACCGACGACGGCAGCACGUUCUUUGGUGUGUUUGCUCUUUAGGAACAAGACCACAUCCGAGCAGAGCCAAUUUGGCUUCACAAUGGCCUUUUUUUUUUUUUUUUAAAUAUUCAGAUUCAUCCUAAUGAUGAAGUAGAAAUGUUUAGAUCUCAAUGGAGAUCAAAUUAUUUUAAAAACGUUAUAAACUGUAACAGUUUGCAACUUUAUUUCUAUUUUAGGCACUUUUAUUUAAAAUGACCUAAGACUGUAGUACGCUACACUUUACUUGAGAGUUUAGAUGUGAGAAUUAUGUACAGAUGAUCACAACUUAUUGUCCAAACACAUUUGUAUUUAUUUGUAUUUAUUUGUAUUUAAAUUUGGUGGGUUUUGGUGAUGUGCAUUAUGUUCAUGUAUUUUUAUGAUUAAAUACAAAAAAAACAAAAAA